AAAGACCGAACAAAGGAUUAUUUUAUACACUGUUUGAUGACUUGGAAGGAAAUGAUGAAAAAUUCUUCUCAUAUUUUCGUAUGUUGAAGAAUACAUUCAAAGAACUUUUAUCUGGUAUCAAAAAUAAUAUAACGAAACAAGAUAGUGUCAUGAGGAAGUCCAUUCCUCCGAAUGAAAAACUAGCUUUAACUCUGAGGUAA